CACAAGAAACCUCAGAAGCUUUCAACCCUUUCACUGUAUCUCACCUUCAUCCAAAAUGAGAGCCUCUCUAUUCUUCAUCGGUGCUACUAUUGUCGCCUACGCUUCGGCAGGUGUCAUUCGCGCCAGGGGAACAGACUCGACAGCCGCAUAUCCUGUCAUUGAAGAAGAUAUUGUUGAAGCCAAGAUCAAGCGGGGCACGGAUUCCACCGCAGCUUACCCCGUGAUCGAAGAAGACAUUGUUGAGUCCAAGAAGAGAGGCACGGAUUCUACCGCAGCUUAUCCCGUCAUUGAAGAAGACAUUGUGGAAAGCAAAGGAAAGAGAGGAGCGGAUUCCACAGCCGCGUACCCUGUCAUCGAAGAAGACAUCGUUGAGACGAAAGAGAAGAGAGGGACAGACUCGACCGCCGCUUAUCCCGUGAUCGAAGAGGACAUCGUCGAGACCAAGGAGAAGAGGGGAACCGAUUCCACGGCUGCUUACCCAGUCAUUGAAGAAGACAUUGUCGAGUCCAAGUGAAAAUUGGAGUUAAGAAGAAGCUUCAACGGAUUUGCUCCAUGGGAAUCCGGGAUGGAAUGGGAGAAAUGGAGGAAGAAUGGAAAGGCAGCUCAGGUAGUUAGUCAAG